CUUUAUUCUUUUGUAAUAACAACAAAAUGGUUAAAACGACGUCGUCCCCUUCUUCCUGCUCUCCUGUGACCAUUACAGUGUCCUCCGGAGGCAAAACAGGAGGAAGCAGAAGCAUGGGACUAACGAGUCCCAUUCCUCGUGCUUCAGUCUCCAACAACCAAAAUUCUCCUCUGAGUUCUAGAUCAAACAGAGCUUCCCUCGGUGUAAGGAGGCUCUCAGGUGGAGGAGAUGGCAUGGAAGAAAUGAACUCAGAAUACGUAACAUACACUGUUCACAUUCCUCCAACCCCUGAUCGCCAACCCCUCUCAACAUCACAAACAAGCAUCCCCGAAGAUAAUAACAGCAAGAACAACAACACCAGCUACAUCUCUGGCACAAUCUUCACUGGGGGUUUCAACUCUGUCACACGUGGCCACGUCAUAGAAUGCUCAAUGGAACGCGAUGAGACCCUUAAAUCUGGGUUGGUUUGUGGAAUGAAAGGUUGUGAUGAGGAAGCAGUAGCAAGGGCUAAUGGUCCAUGCGAGUGUGGGUUUAAGAUUUGCAGGGACUGUUACUUGGAGUGUGGUGGAAAUGGAGGAGGAGGAGGAGGUACUGCUGGCAAGUGUCCUGGUUGCAAAGAGCCUUAUAAGUAUAUGAGCGAUGAUGAUGAUGAACAAGAAGAAGAAGAGGAAGCUGAAGACCAGGCACUGCCUUUGCCUUCCAUGGCAGAGUUCAAAUUGGACAAAAGGCUUUCUCUUGUGAAAUCCUUCAAGGCACAGAACCACCCUCCUGAUUUUGACCACACUCGCUGGCUCUUUGAAACUAAAGGAACCUAUGGCUAUGGAAAUGCUGUGUGGCCUAAAGAUGGGUAUGGUGCUAAUGGAUUCGAACCUCCUCCGGAGUUUGGAGAGAAAGCAAGAAGACCCUUGACCCGUAAGGUUGGAGUUUCAGCUGCUAUUCUCAGUCCUUAUAGGUUGCUUAUUCUGCUACGUCUUGCUGCUUUGUGCUUGUUUCUUACAUGGAGGAUUAGACACCCCAACCAUGAAGCACUUUGGCUGUGGGCAAUGUCCAUAACUUGUGAGCUUUGGUUUGCAUUUUCGUGGCUUCUUGAUCAGCUCCCUAAACUCUGCCCUGUGAACAGAGUCACUGAUCUCUCUGUGCUCAAAGAGAGGUUUGAGUCACCGAACCUUCGCAACCCAAAAGGGAGGUCUGAUUUACCCGGCAUUGACGUGUUCGUUUCCACGGCAGACCCAGAGAAGGAGCCUCCUCUUGUCACUGCCAAUACCAUUCUAUCUAUCCUUGCAGUUGAUUAUCCAGUGGAGAAGGUUGCGUGUUACUUAUCUGAUGAUGGUGGUGCUUUGUUGACUUUUGAAGCUCUUGCUGAGACAGCUAGCUUUGCUAGAAUAUGGGUUCCUUUCUGUAGAAAACACCAGAUAGAGCCCCGAAAUCCCGAAGCAUACUUUGGGCAGAAGCGUGAUUUUCUCAAGAACAAGGUUCGGUUGGACUUUGUGAGAGAGAGGAGAAGAGUGAAGAGGGAAUAUGAUGAAUUCAAAGUGAGGAUAAAUUCAUUACCUGAAUCCAUAAGGAGAAGAUCCGAUGCUUACAAUGCUCAUGAGGAGUUACGAGCCAAGAAGAAACAGAUGGAAGCAGGUUCUAAUGUGUCUGAACCAAUUAAGGUUCCUAAAGCUACAUGGAUGUCUGAUGGUUCUCAUUGGCCAGGAACUUGGGCAUCAGCAGAACAAGACCACUCAAGAGGGGACCAUGCUGGUAUAAUUCAGGCAAUGUUGGCUCCACCAAAUGCAGAACCUGAAUUUGGUGCAGAAGCUGAUGGGGAGAACUUGAUUGACACGACAGAUGUUGAUAUCAGGUUGCCAAUGCUUGUUUAUGUGUCGCGUGAGAAGAGGCCGGGAUACGAUCACAACAAGAAAGCAGGAGCCAUGAACGCUCUUGUUCGGACCAGUGCCAUAAUGUCCAAUGGACCAUUCAUUCUGAAUCUUGAUUGUGAUCAUUAUAUAUACAAUUCCUUGGCUCUCAGAGAAGGAAUGUGCUUUAUGCUUGACAGGGGUGGUGAUAGGAUAUGCUACGUUCAGUUCCCUCAAAGGUUUGAGGGCAUUGACCCCAGUGAUCGAUAUGCAAACCACAACACAGUGUUCUUUGAUGUGAGCAUGAGAGCUCUUGAUGGCUUACAGGGUCCAAUGUACGUGGGAACAGGCUGCAUAUUCAGAAGAACAGCUCUUUAUGGGUUUAGUCCUCCUAGAGCUACAGAACAUCAUGGUUGGCUUGGAAGGAGGAAAAUUAAGCUGUUUUUGAGAAAGCCUAAGGUGUCAAAGAAGGAAGAAGAUGAAGUGGCUCUGCCAAUAAAUGGUGAUCCUAAUGAUGAUGAUGCAGAUAUUGAGUCCUUGCUUCUUCCUAAAAGGUUUGGGAAUUCUACUUCACUUGCUGCAUCCAUUCCUGUGGCAGAAUACCAGGGAAGGUUGCUUCAAGACUUGCAAGGAAAGGGAACACAUGGAAGGCCGGCAGGUUCUCUUGCUGUGCCUAGAGAACCAUUAGAUGCAGCCACUGUUGCUGAGGCAAUUAGUGUCAUAUCUUGUUUCUACGAGGACAAGACUGAAUGGGGCAAAAGAGUUGGGUGGAUAUAUGGUUCAGUUACAGAAGAUGUGGUGACUGGUUACAGAAUGCACAAUAGAGGGUGGAGAUCUGUGUACUGUGUGACCAAGAGGGAUGCUUUUAGAGGAACAGCUCCAAUCAAUUUGACAGACAGGCUCCACCAAGUGCUUAGAUGGGCAACAGGAUCUGUUGAGAUCUUCUUCUCGAGGAACAAUGCGUUAUUGGCUAGUCCUAGAAUGAAAUUCUUGCAGAGGGUGGCAUAUUUCAAUGUGGGAAUGUACCCUUUCACGUCAAUGUUUUUGAUUGUCUAUUGCUUUCUACCUGCAGUGUCACUUUUUUCAGGGCAGUUUAUAGUUCAAUCCCUGAGUGCAACUUUUCUAGUGUUCUUGUUGGGCAUCACAAUCACACUGUGCUUGCUUGCACUGCUUGAGAUCAAGUGGUCAGGAAUCACUCUGCAUGAUUGGUGGCGAAAUGAACAGUUUUGGUUGAUUGGUGGCACAAGUGCACAUCCUGUUGCUGUUUUACAAGGGUUGUUGAAGGUCAUAGCAGGAGUAGACAUAUCAUUCACCUUGACGUCAAAGUCAGCCACUUCAGAAGAUGGAGAUGAUGAGUUUGCUGAUCUUUAUGUGGUAAAGUGGAGCUUUCUAAUGAUCCCUCCAAUUACAAUUAUGAUGGUGAACACCAUUGCUAUUGCUGUAGGAGUAGCCAGGACUAUGUACAGCCCAUUUCCACAAUGGAGCAAACUAGUAGGAGGGGUGUUUUUCAGCUUCUGGGUCUUAUGCCAUCUUUACCCGUUUGCGAAGGGUUUAAUGGGAAGGAGAGGGAAGGUUCCAACCAUAGUUUAUGUUUGGUCUGGAUUGCUCUCCAUUAUUAUCUCUUUGCUUUGGGUGUACAUAAACCCUCGCUCUUCUGAAUCUCCAUCCACCUCUCUAUCCUCUUCGUGUACCCUUCCUUCCUCCACUUCCCCAGAUCCAUCACCAUCACUCCCGUGUUGAAGUAACACGCCUUCCGCUGCGCGAACGUCCCGGAAAAUCUUUGCUCCGACCAAAACCCCGCCGUGAAAUACUUCGUGAAGUUCGCGUGGCAGUAUUCCGGCGCCCCGAUUGCGCGCGAACCAAGACUCGCGCCCCACAGUUUGG